AUGAGUCCCAAACACGUCGUCUUCAAGAAGGUUUCCAGAGACAAAUCAGUGGCCGUCUACAUGGCGAAGAGGGAUUUCGUGGAUCACUGUGACUUCGUGGAUCCAGUCGACGGAGUCGUCCUGAUCGAUCCGGUGCAGCUCAAAGGGAAGAAAGUGUACGUGAUGCUGUCGUGUACGUUUCGCUACGGCCGCCAGGACAUGGACGUGAUGGGCGUGGCCUUCAGGAGGGACCUGCUCGUGGUGACCCGGCAGGUUUAUCCGGAGCUGCAGGACAAAGAGAAGCUGACCCACAACAAGAUCCAGCAGAAGUUGCUGCGGAAGCUGGGAGACAACGCCUUCCCCUUCUUCUUUGAGUUUCCAGACAACCUGCCGUGUUCUGUGGCUCUGCAGCCCGGACCGUCGGACGUCGGGAAGAAAUGCGCCGUGGAGUUCGAGGUGAAGGCGUUCUGCGGCGACAGCCAGGACGAGAAGGUCGACAAACAGAGUUCUGUUCGCCUCACCAUCAGGAAGAUCCAGUUCAGUCCGGAGAACAGCAAAGUGGUUCCAACAGCGGAGACCACCUUCGAGUUCCUGAUGUCCGAGAAGCCUCUGCACGUCAAGCUGAGUCUCCCCAAAGAGACGUUCUAUCACGGCGAGCCGCUCAAAGCCAACGUUGAAAUCACCAACUCGUCCAGCAGGAACAUCAAAGACAUCAGCGUGUCAGUCGAGCAGGUGACCAACGUUGUUCUUUACUCCAACGACAAAUACGUCAAAUCUGUGGCCAAAGAAGAGACCAGGUCAUCUCUGCUGCUGGCCUCCAUCAGGAUGGUUGGAUCGAGUGAGCUGUCUCUGGAGGUUCCCUUCAGGCUGAUGCAUCCCAAACCCGAAGCAGCUCCGUUACCUUCAGCCAAGGAGAGUGAAACGGACGACAUGGUGUUCGAGGACUUUAAACGGGCCUAUCUGAAGGGAAUCGUCUACGGAGACGACGACGAGUCGCCCACCGAGGCCUGAACUACAAAGAUGGCCGACGGAGCGGUCACCGUCCGGUUUGCUUCUCCACCGGGCUCACUGUGGUUAAUUUAGUUUUCUGUAGCGCCACCCUCAGGACAAACCAUCUGGCUGCAAUGGACGCAGCAGCCUGCUGGGGGCGCUAGCAGGAACCAGCAUCAUUAUCAGGUGGAACACAACAACUCUGUCUCCCAGAAAUCACCUUUAAAUUUAAAUAAUCUGCCCCUUCUAAUAGAAACGUCAAGAUAAUUAUUAUUUCUAUUAACGUGUCGAGGAAACGUACUCCCGUCUUUUACUGCAGUAACGCGCUGAAUGCAGUACUUGUACUGUUAACGGGGUGUUUGGAAAGUAAGCAGUCGGACGCCCCAGAUGUACACUUCAGGUACAAGACUACUGUCGGCAGUUUGUUAGGUUUUAUUGUGAUGCCGCCCCCUGGUGGUCAUAGUAGGGCAGAAUAUGGGGUGACGUGUUUAUUGAGCCACAGAGUCGGCGUUAGGAGGAGGUCGGGGUUGAUGGAUGGGUCGACUGUAGAGAUCGUUUAACCAGCUCUGGCUGAUUUACUGAAACACAAACCCGUUUACGUUUUCUGUUGAAGAGGAGUUGUUGUUAAUUAGCACGACGUGACACAAUUUGGACAAACGUCGGCACUGAGCAUGAAUGUAGGAUAAGCUAAACGUUGUUGAUCCUUCACUGGGGAAAUGUACGAGUUACUGGAAACAGACGAGGCUUUGAAGAGGCAGAAUGUGAAACACAAAAAGUCUAAUAAGGCUGAAAACAACGAUACAGUAAAGGUCUGAUAAAGACAAUGUUCAGGUAUGACUUCAGCCACCAACACCAAACAGCUUCUGUUGACUCUGGGCUGCGUUCGCCCUCCAUCCACCCCGAGCUCCUCCAGCAGCUCAGAAACUCAUUCCAACAAAAACUCUGAAUUCAUUUGAUUUUUAAUUCUAUUAUUGGAACAUCUUUAGAAGAAUUGAACAUAAUAAUAAACCUUCAGUCUAAUUUGUCUUUAACUUUGUUUAUUGUGUUUAUUGUGUGUUUUGUCUCUUUUCUUGGCAAAUCAAUUCCAACGAGAUUCAUUCAUCAUGUGUUUGUUGUUGACGUCUUUAAUCUGUCGGUUCUGUGGAGCGGCUGAGCGACACGUGGAGGUGAUUCUGGGAGGCAGAGUUCUGCAGUUUCUCCACCAUCAGCUAAUCUGAUCGUCGGUUUGGUUUUAGGCGAAGAAAACGGUGAAAGUGUUUCCGACUGUUCGCUGCGACGCUCUCGGUGGACGAACGUAGAAAAAAAAAAAAAGCAUCCGUAGAAAAGCUGCUUGUUAAUCUGAAGGCUGUGAGUCUGGAUGGGACUUCGUUAGGCCGUCUGUAGGUUGAACUAAAGCCUGAGAGUUUGUUAGUGGUAGAAACACGAUGAUGUAGUUGAACCUGUUGUGUUUCUGACAGCGACAACAAAUAAAAGAUUCUGAGUGAACGUC